UGCCUGCUUCACCGACCGGAUAUUAGUCCACAGCAGAGUGUGAGUGUCGUAAGGCGCAAGCUUGGGAACUCCACUUUCAACAGCAGAAGGCAACGUAGGAGUCAUGACAGCGUCUGCCCUGCGUGCACAAAUGUCCUGGCGGAGUUGCCAGAUGACGGGCUCCCGGUACUUCCACACGAGCCACCACCGAACAGCGGCCAAGGAGCACGUGAAGGUUCUGGUGCUCGGGGGCGGGAGUGGAGGCAUCACGAUGGGCGCGCGCAUGAAGCGGAAAGUUGGAGCCGAGAAUGUUGCCAUUGUGGAGCCAAGUGAGAUGCAUUACUACCAGCCCAUAUGGACACUGGUGGGUGCGGGAGCUAAGAGCGUGGAGUCGUCUGGCCGCCCAACGUCUAGUGUUGUCCCCUCUGGGGUGAAGUGGCUCAAAUCCAGAGUGAUGGAGGUCAACCCAGACACCAACUCUGUUCGCACAGACUGCGGGAAAGAGAUCUCCUAUGAGUAUCUCAUUGUGGCUCUCGGCCUACAGCUCCACUAUGAGAAGAUUAAAGGUCUCCCAGAGGGGUUUGGGCACCCCAAGAUUGGCUCCAACUACUCUGUGAAGACGGUGCAGAAGACCUGGAAGGCCCUGCAAGACUUCAAGGAGGGAAACGCCAUCUUCUCCUUCCCCAACACACCAGUGAAGUGUGCAGGGGCUCCACAGAAGAUCAUGUACCUCUCUGAUGCAUUCCUGAGAAAGACUGGCAAGAGGUCCAGCGCAAACAUCAUAUACAACACGUCUCUGCCCGUUUUGUUUGGGAUCAAGAAAUACGCAGAUUCUCUGUGGGACGUGGUCAAGUCUCGAGACCUGAGUAUAAAUCUCAGACACAACCUCAUAGAAGUCAGGGCAGACAAGCAGGAAGCCGUGUUUGAGAACCUGGACAAACCUGGAGAGACUAAAGUGUUUGAGUAUGAGAUGCUGCAUGUCACCCCCCCGAUGGGCCCCCCUGACGUCCUGAAGGGAUCUCCGCUGGCCGACGAGGCCGGCUGGCUCAACCUCAACAAGGAGACGCUUCAGCACAACGUCUACCCCAACGUGUUUGGCAUCGGAGACUGCACCAACCUGCCCACUGCCAAAACAGCAGCCGCUGUGGCUGCACAGUCCGGCGUCCUCGACCGGACAAUCACCAGAAUAAUGAAGAAGAGCAAGCCUGAUAAGAAGUACGACGGCUACACCUCCUGUCCCCUGGUCACCAGCUACAACACGGUCAUCCUGGCUGAGUUUGACUACAAUGGGCAGCCUCUGGAGACGUUCCCCCUGGACCAGAGCAAAGAACGGAGGACCAUGUACUAUAUGAAGGCUGACGUCAUGCCCCACCUCUACUGGCACGGCCUGCUCAAGGGUCUGUGGGGAGGACCAGGCCCAUAUCGGACCAUCAUGCACUUGGGGAUGAAAUAGAGUCCAGAGACCACGAGGACGUCCUCACUCUCUGGACGCCUCCAUCCUCUGGACAUCUCCAUCCUCUGGACCUGUAGGUCUUCAUUUUAACUUUCCUAAUAUCGCAGAGCUUAACCAUUCAAGCCACUUCAGCCAUUCAGCACAUAGCUGGAUACAUAUUAUUUUGUUGUCAGUCAUUUUAUACUGCUGCAUUAUAUCAUGUUUUAGUGCUUGUUGUAAUACUGUUAAUAUGUUAUGAUGUGCAUUGUAGCAGAGGCUACAUGGUAUACAGCCAGAUAUGCAAGAUGAAAACACAAAUGAAUGUCCACACACUGGAGUAGCUCCCAACAUUUAAUUCAACUAAAAUUGGGCCCAAUAGGGUCUUCAUCGAGCAGGCGUGUCCUGGUCACUUUAUAUGAGGAGGGUCAUGGAGCCAGACGUGUCCUGGUCACGUUAUAUGAGGAGGGUCAUGGAGCCAGGCGUGUCCUGGUCACUUUAUAUGAGGAGGGUCAUCGAGCAGGCGUGUCCUGGUCACUUUAUAUGAGGAGGGUCAUCGAGCAGGCGUGUCCUGGUCACUUUAUAUGAGGAGGGUCAUCGAGCAGGCGUGUCCUGGUCACUUUAUAUGAGGAGGGUCAUGGAGCCAGGCGUGUCCUGGUCACGUUAUAUGAGGAGGGUCAUGGAGCAGGCGUGUCCUGGUCACUUUAUAUGAGGAGGGUCAUGGAGCCAGACGUGUCCUGGUCACGUUAUAUGAGGAGGGUCAUGGAGUGAUGGUCAGCUGGAGAAACGUGGCGCUAGUCCAGGACGCUCUUCCCAGAGCCCACUCACACACUCUUCCCAGAGCCCACUCACACACUCUUCCCAGAGCCCACUCACACACUCUUCCCUGAGCCCACUCACACACACACACACUCUUCCCAGAGCCCACUCACACACACACACACACACACACACACACUCUUCCCAGAGCCCACACACACACUCUUCCCAGAGCCCACUCACACACUCUUCCUAGAGCCCACUCACACACUCUUCUCAGAGCCCACUCACGCUACAUCACACUAAAGGACAAUCACUGAAAUCCUCCUCGCCGCACACCUUUCCUCACUUGAGCCAUCUUGUUUUUGUUUUCAGACCCCCCCCAAUGCAAUGCUUAUUUAUCAUUAGACUUAUGGCCAGUUGUUGAAGCGUUUUAGAUGCUUGUUUUUGAUCAGUCAUAUUUUCAGAGGUCACAAAAUGCUGUUUGCAAGUUUAGGGAAAACAAUUAUUAUUAUUUUUAUUUUUUUUUUUACAAUGCAUACACUGAUUUUUCAUCAAUAAAAAAAGAAUGAAAACUG